CGUGCUGUACGCGCUUUGGAAGGGCAUCACUUGCUUUUGGCGGGAAAGUUGUUCACACGUGCCGGAGAGAGGAGAACGAUCGCGUCUUGGGCGGUCUGCUGCGGCCUCGGAGGAGCGUCAAAUUCGAAGUCGGGUGUGUUGGCGCAGGUUCAAGACCGACCUAUUUAUUUCGGGGGCCGAUCGUACCUUUCACGAGUUCUUAUUUCGGACAGAAAGGUUCAGCAACAAUGAGCUGGAAAAUUUCGUGCCUUUCCUUCGCCGUCAGCUGCGUGGUUUUAUGCACGACGCGUGUAUCAGACGCUACUACGGUGCCGUCUUCGAUUGUGCAAGCUGAGGUGCGCGUCAACGAGCUCGUCAAGAUUCUCUCCGACAUCAAAAACAGUAUACGGCCACAGAAUUGUGCCGACCAUCUGCACGGCGGUCAGACGACGACUGGUCUCUACAACAUCUUCCUGCGGGCGGAUGACCUCACAGGGAAGGUGGUUUACUGUGACAUGGAGACAGACGGAGGAGGUUGGACGGUGAUUCAGCGGCGCGGCCAAUUCGGGAACAGCGCCUACUACUUCUACCGAAACUGGACAGAAUACGCCACAGGCUUUGGUGAUCCAACCAAGGAAUACUGGAUUGGUAACAAGGCGUUGCACUCCCUGACAUCUGAUAGCGACGACAUAGAACUGAGGGUCGUCCUGAGGAACGAUACGGGCGAGACCGUUUCGAUCGACUACGACAAUUUUCGGGUCGGCUCGGAAGAGGAGCACUUCAAGCUGGAAUUGGGAAACCUCCUCGGUCCACCUGGCUGGGAUUCUCUCAGGGAUGGCCACAACUGCGCUUUCACCACUUUCGACCAGGACCACGACAACGCUCCGGACAACUGCGCCAUAACAUUCCGCGGUGCUUGGUGGUACAACAAAUGCCACGCGGCCAACCUGAACGGACUCAACAUGAACGGCUGGCACGAUAGCUUUGCCAAUGGCAUCGAGUGGAGUCUGCGUGGAACUCCCGGUCCCCUGUACCACUAUUCGUACCCCAGCGUCACUAUGAUGAUACGUCCCGCAGGAACGCAAAUACAGAGGCGAACUAACUUCCUUGAGAGAGACGAAGGAGACGCUUAGCGUGAGUUGUUGACAGGAAUUUCGAAUUCCCACUGACGCGCCGGUCGGCGAGCGAGCACUUCGAGCUAAUAGAGCGAUUUACCUGAGCGUUGUUUGCGGUCUGCUCCGCUUAGAUAUCCGACUCUCAGCCGUUACUGAUGCUGUUUUUUGAGAGACUGUCUUGGUAUAUCCGGGAAAGUAAUCUCUGACACCUAAUGUAACAUUACCCUACGCGCCUUCCCCCUUUCCCUUUCAUCCGAAGGACUUGGGUCAUGGGGCGAUCGCAUUGCUAAAGAAAAUAAACAUCUUUACCGCCACCACCAUCGAGCGCUACAAAAAAAUUCGCUCAUUUCACGUUUUCGACGGCUGCAGAGUCAAGCUUCACUCGCCAUUUCGUUUCCCGGAGACUUGAGCUACGCAAUAUAAGUUGGUUGCGAUACAACAAUUGAGAAAACCAAGUGGACGCCCCGUAACGCUCAGCUAAAAUGACUGGACAGGGGAGCAAGGGCGGCAUACCGCUUUGCGCUGCAGCAUCAGCGUUGUGAGCAUGCGUGGUAUAGUCCCCGCUGAAUGACUGUUUACAAAUUAUUAGAAUACAUCACGCUUAUAAGCGAAGCUGAGAGUGAGCGCUCAGUUAUAUCUGUCCAAUAACUGCACGUUUAAUUAAAAACGAAAUUAUAGGGUACCGUUGUGUU